AGAAUCCCAUCGAUGGGAGAGAUCCGAGCUCCAUGUUGUUUGGGUCCAAAGAAUGCCUGUAUGUGUGCUAUGGCAUUCGAAGCCAUAGUACUAGCCCAAUCCUUAGUGGUCACAGUUGGUUACAUAUCAAGAGGUGAAGCGCUAUACAAUUCCACUAACGCAUUCGUAUCAGAGAUCAUUAGCUGGGAAUUUUUGAUUCCGGUCGUUGCAGUGCAGGUGACAUUAUUGUUAAUGAAUCUAGUAUCAUUUUUGGCGAUUCGAUGUAUCGUGCCAUACUUUCUAUUGCCGUAUAUUGCGAUGUCAGUUUUUUCGCUGUUUAUCGCAACUGCACUAAUAGGAGUUACUAUUGAUCGAUUAAUGUGGGUCUUUGGAUGGUCUUGGCCACCAAGUUUGUUAUUACUGAUGUUGUUCCUAUAUCUCAUCAUAGAACUAUAUUUUGUCAGUUUGAAGCUGACGGUCUUCAGAGUGCUUGUAAAGCGCAAAAAGGCAGUACGAGGUACGGCGGAGAAGCCAGCGUUGACAACUGUCGAUCCGAUGGACUCGUACAGUCGGCGUUCCACGGUUAUUGUCACGGAUGAGUUCCUCCAACAACCGCCUCGCUUCUGAUCUCAAUACAUAUUAUCAUGGGUACUAAAUGCGGUUCUCCUUAUGUGUCUUGCUCAACAUGCCUCAUCUCUCUCUACUGCAAUAAAUCGCCUCGCUCUUUUUUUUUCUUAACUUCAGAAUGUCAUCGUACAAAUGUGUUGUUAUCAAUGCCCCUUUCCGAUAGGAUACUCAGUGAAGAAUCACGCAAUCGGGUGUAAGUAUAGGAGUUUCGAAGGAGUGUAACUGAAUGAC